AUGUCGGGCUCGGUACAGUUGCGGGUGUUCCCGGAGCGCUGCCUGUUCGAUGAUCCUCUCCGGCUGGAGGUGAGCGGCUUGAUCCCCGGACAGGAGGUGACUCUCCGCACCGAGCUGACCGAUGAAGGCGGGGAGCCGUUCACUUCCCUGGGUCGGUACCGAGCCGGGAGCGGAGGGGAGCUGGAACUGAGCCGGAGCCCGGCGCUGGAGGGCGGCACCUUCACCGGAGUAGAAGCGGAGGGGCCCCUGUGGGCUCUGGAGCCCCGGAAUGGUGUGAGGAGGAGGAUGAUGAAGAAGGACGUGCGGAGCCCCCUGAUUGUCCGCUUCUCCCUCCACCAGGAGCCGGCCGGAGCUGUGCUGAGCACUGCGGUCCAGGAGAGGAGCUUCCUGGGGGAAGGAGUCCGGAGGAUCGGGGUGAGGGAGGGCGCAGUGCGGGCCACUCUCUUCAUACCGCCCGGACCCGGACCAUUUCCCGGAGUGAUUGAAAUUCAAGGGACAGGCGGAGGACUGCUAGAAUACAAAGCUAGCCUAUUAGCCAGUAGAGGGUUUGCCACAAUGGCACUGGCGUACUACAACUAUGAAGAUCUCCCAAAGGAAAUGAAAGAUUUUCACUUGGAGUACUUUGAAGAGGCGGUGAAUUACAUGCUGCAGCAUCCAGAGGUGAGCGCCAUUCUAGGAGGCUUGGAUAUCUUGUGA